CUAUCUGACACGUAACGUACACUGCACAAUCAUGACAUUACGACCUUACAGGCAACAAACAGCCUCUCAUCCUUUGGCUGGCCUUGCCCCCGGCCCGACCCUCUUCGCCCUCUGCAGCCAUCGCCUCACGUGCGUGUGCUUGGACUUGACUGCAAACUCAGCUCGGGACGACCCCCUGCUCACAUUGACGAAGUCUGAACUGCCAUCAGGCCGCUCGCUGCACACGCUGAGAGCACCGAGGUCCCUUGACCCAACGAGCUCUAUGUUGCUCAACAUCUCGUCGGCCUCCUUUCUGAGCCACUUAGACUUAGCUCCUUCAUGAGAAGACGGAACAACAAAACAGAAAGCAGCAGUGACAGACAUGUGCUCGUGGGAUGAGAACAACCGACCUACUUACUUCCUUACUUUGCGCGAUCUGCCGCAGCACCUCGGGUCCCUUACUGACUGCCCAGGCCAGCGCGACAUCGAGGAGGACACUGAAUGGCGCGGAUGUCUUGAGUGUGCUCGGGUCAGUGUGGGACUGACUCACCGACCAGCCCAAACGGGACAGACCAGCGCGCAUCUGUACACACAAGGGCACCACCACAUGGCUGGCACAUUUUGUGUGUGUGUGGGGAUAGGUAGGUGACCUCUCUGAGUGGUGGCUGGAAGUGCGCCAUGUUGUAGGCAAUGUCCUCCAGGUGGUAGAAGAAGGGGCACGGCUCAUCCAGAGAGCACUCCUCAUUGAUGACCGUCAGCAGCCCCUCCAGCUCGGCACGGUUGGUCAGCACAGGCAUGCCAUUGGCCGCAGACUGAUCCUGCUCCUUGAGAUCACGGAGAGUGGACAGCAGGUGGCGCACAAACGUCUUGUCGUGCAAUGGACCUGAGACAACGAUACAGAAGCCCCCAAGGACAGUGAUGUGAUCAUACGAUGUCUUGCCUUGCUCCUCUCCACGUACCGAUCCACAUCGGGCCAGCCAGGGUCCGCGCUGCAUCUCCCUUAGCGGCACCACACUUGCACCUGUCCUCCCUUUCUUUCCCGCAGAUGGUGGUCGGCGUCAGGACCCACUGCUUCGGACCCCAUCGGCAGGAGGCGGCCGGCAUGACAUCGAAUUGACGGCAGGAAGGACAGGUGGCCACCAUCCCCGUGUUGAUGGCUGAGUCGACCAGGCCGCCGCCCCCCUCGAGAAUCUGCACGUACACGCGGAUGUAGUAGUCGACGGACAGACUCAGCAGGGGCAGAAUCGACCGCCUGAAGGGAAGGAAGGCACAGCAGACGUGAAGAGAAUAGCUGGGCUAUCGUGUUGGUGAUGGCAGGUCGACCCACCCGUGGAGAGCAGCAGCUCUGUUGAGGGCAUUGAGGACUAGCCGGAUGGCGCCUUCCUUCCUCGGCUUGGUAGCCAUAGGCAUGCCCCCGUAUCGCGCCCAACAUGCCGUUGACUUUGAGCCGCCACCGCCGCCACACAGUGCCUGAAAAGGGAAAAGUUGACAGGGAUGCCUGGGUCCCUCGUCCUCCUGCUCCCUCUGGUCACGUCUGGUCACCUGUAUAUCUGUACAAGUGACGCAGAGCAGCCCAUCCCGGCACACACUCUCAGCAGCCAAGGGAAACACCUCAGCUGCGGACCCGAACGGGUCCAGAUCUAUACACCCCACUCGCGCUCCCUUGCCGCCUCUCUCCCCGCGCCGCCACUGCCACAGGGAGUCGGCUGCAUCACUCCUGGUGACGCUCAUGCGGCCAGCUGUCGAUUCCUUGUUGAGGGCCAUGUUGGCACGGAUAGAUGUGACGGCCGACCCGCACAGAUCUAUGCAGAGAGAACCAGACGCCGCAGAACCACUGGAUGUGAUACCUCUCUCUCUCUCUCUCUGUGUGUGUGUGUGUGUGUCUAGCCUCAUCUCACCGUUGGCAACGGCGUGGUGUAUGCCUGGCACUUCAGCUGCGAACCUCAGCGAGCGCAGCCCAGUCCCCGCGUAAGGUUCCAGCACCGUCACAUUGCUCGAUGACAGCAGGGCCGGAGCGCCCUGCCAACGUCGCACAGGAACACCAGCAGCACUGCCUUCAGAUGAGUCCUCACCAGUCGAUGAGUCGUCAGUGCCAUUAAGAGCCGAGAAGAAUGAGUGCAGCACGAGGACAGUGAGGUCCCUGUUGAAGGACAUUGCUGGAUUCAUAAAGGCAGCUGGAGAGCCGCUCUUGGACGAGGGAGCAUGAAUCAAAACACGACCUUCCCUGUAUGUGGAUGGCUCGUCGCCAACAGGAUCAUCUUGGCUCGCUGCCGGCUCCUCCAGAUCCGUCAUAGAGACUCGUAUCCGGCGCUGACAACGAAUGCGCGAGAGCAGCUUCGUAGGUGCGGGAGGCAGGAUGAAGGCGGGGUGACAGAUCUCGAGUGGUUGCCGACUGCCGAGCCCCAGAGCAUUUGAAUGACUGGCAGACACGCC